GGGCCGAGCGCUAGAGGCGGCGGCGCGGCGCCUUUGUGGAGACAGCGGCCCUGCGCGGAGGAAGUUCCGGUCUCCGCGACUCCGGGUCGGUGGCUGCGGCGGAGGAUUAGGAGGAGCGGGCCGCGGAGGCCGCGCCGCCUCGGUUUGCUUGUGAAGUCAGAGUUGCUGGAUCUGAGUGAAGGAGUUCAGUAGGUUUUGAUGCGCCUGGUCACCUGUUCAUUUUCUGAACUCUGGAUUGUGUCCUAGGUGCUGCUGUGGCGGGAGCUUGGUAGCGAAGGAUCUGCUUCCUGGCCCUCUGGACAUAAGAGAUGUGGGGGGAUUCUCGGCCUGCUAACAGGACAGGGCCUUUCCGUGGGAGCCAAGAAGAAAGGUUUGCUCCCGGGUGGAACAGGGAUUAUCCUCCUCCUCCCCUUAAGAGUCAUGCUCAAGAGAGACACUCUGGCAACUUUCCUGGCAGAGAUUCACUUCCCUUUGAUUUCCAGGGGCAUUCGGGGCCUCCCUUUGCAAAUAUAGAAGAGCAUUCUUUCAGCUAUGGAGUUAGAGACGGACUGCACGGUGACUAUCGAGGGGGGGAGGGAUCUGGACAUGAUUUCAGGGGGGGGGAUUUUUCAUCCUCUGAUUUCCAGAGCAGAGAUUCGUCACAGUUGGACUUCAGAGGUAGGGACAUACACUCGGGGGAUUUUCGGGAUAGAGAAGGACCACCUAUGGACUACAGGGGUGGCAAUGGUACUUCUAUGGACUACAGAGGCAGGGAAGCGUCUCACAUGAACUACAGAGACAGGGAUGCUCACCCCGUUGACUUCCGAGGUCGGGAUGUUCCUCCGCCUGACUUCAGGGGCCGGGGCACUUACGAUUUAGAUUUUCGAGGCCGGGAUGGAUCUCACACAGAUUUUAGGGGAAGGGAUUUAUCAGAUUUGGAUUUCAGGACCAGAGAUCCGCCUCGUUCUGACUUUAGGAAUAGGGAUGCAUCUGAUUUGGACUUCAGGGACAAAGACGGAACACAGGUGGACUUCAGAGGCCGAGGGUCAGGCACUAGUGACCUAGACUUUAGGGACAGGGAUGCACCGCACUCAGAUUUCAGAGGGAGACACCGGUCCAGGACUGACCAGGACUUCAGGGGCAGAGACGUGGGGACAUGUAUGGAAUUUAAGGGUAGGGAGAUGCCCUCUGCGGACCCAAAUAUCUUGGAUUACAUUCAGCCCUCUACACAAGAUAGAGAACAUUCUGGUAUGAAUGUGAACAAGAGAGAAAAAUCUGCACACGACCAUGCAGCAGAAAGGCCUGCUUUCGGCGCUCAGAAAGGAGAAUUUGAACACUCGGACACAAGAGAAGGAGAAACACAAGGUGCAGCCUUUGAACAUGAGUCUUCGUCAGACUUUCAGAACAGCCAAAGUCCGCUUCCAGACCAAGACAAGUCACAGCCUUCUGGAGGGGAAAAACAGGGCUCCGAUCCUGGCCUGUUUAAAGAGGAAGGCGGCCUGGACUUUCUCGGCCGGCAAGACACUGAUUACAGGAGCAUGGAGUACCGGGACGUGGACCACAGGCUGCCAGGAGGCUCGGUGUUCGGCUACGGCCAGAGCAAGUCUUUCCCCGAGGGCAGAGCCUCUCGAGAUGCCCAGCAGGAGCUUCAGGAUCAAGACUAUAGGACUGGCCCAAGUGAGGAGAAACCGAGCAAGCUUAUUCGACUAAGUGGGGUGCCUGAAAAUGCCACAAAAGAAGAGAUUCUUAACGCCUUCCGGACUCCCGAUGACAUGCCCGUAAAGGACUUGCAGCUGAAGGAGUAUAACGCAGGUUACGACUAUGGCUAUGUCUGCGUGGAGUUUUCACUCUUGGAAGAUGCCAUCGGAUGCAUGGAGGCCAACCAGGGAACUCUGAUGAUCCGUGACAAAGAGGUCACCCUCGAGUAUGUACCAAGUCCGGAUUUUUGGUACUGCAAACGGUGUAAGGCCAGCAUCGGUGGACACCGGUCUUCGUGCUCCUUCUGCAAGUGCCCGCGGGAAGUGGCAGAGUCCAAGCAAGAUUUAGUAAGUUACCCUCAGCCUCAGAAAACACCCAUACCAGCGCCGUCAGAAAAACCACCCAGCCAAGCCCCAAAGUCCACCGACAAGGAACCUGAACCCAAGAAGCGGGAGGAAGGACAAGAGCCGCGCUUGGGGCACCCAAAGAGGGAGGCGGAAAGGUACCUGCCCCCUCGAAGGGAAGGGCUCAGCUUCCGAAGAGACCGAGACAAGGAGCCGUGGUCUGGGGAGACUCGCCAGGAUGGGGAGAGCAAAACCAUCAUGCUCAAACGCAUCUACCGGUCCACGCCGCCCGAGGUGAUCGUGGAAGUGCUGGAGCCCUACGUCCACCUGACCACGGCCAACGUGCGGAUCAUCAAGAACAGGACCGGCCCCAUGGGCCACACCUACGGCUUCAUUGACCUCGACUCCCACGCGGAAGCUCUUCGGGUGGUGAAGAUCUUGCAGAACCUGGACCCACCGUUCAGCAUCGAUGGGAAGAUGGUAGCUGUGAACCUGGCCACUGGGAAGCGAAGAAAUGACUCUGGGGACCACUCCGACCACAUGCACUACUAUCAGGGUAAAAAGUAUUUCCGAGAUAGGAGGGGAGGUGGCAGAAAUUCAGACUGGUCUUCAGAUUCAAAUCGACAAGGACAACAGUCGUCCUCGGACUGCUACAUAUACGACUCUGCCACGGGCUACUAUUACGACCCCUUGGCGGGAACCUAUUAUGACCCCAAUACCCAGCAAGAAGUCUACGUGCCCCAGGAGCCGGGGUCGCCCGAGGAAGAGGAGAGCAAGGAGAAGUCAUCAGCCGGUCAGAAGUCAAGCAGCAAGAAGGAGACAUCCAAAAGAGAAGGCAAGGAGAAGAAAGACCGAGGAGCGGCCAGGUUUCAGGAAAAUGCGGGUGAGGGGACAGCGCCCCUAGAGGACGUCUUCAAGAAGCCCCUGCCUCCCACCGUGAAGAAGGAGGAGAGUCCGCCGCCGCCCAAGGUGGUAAACCCGCUGAUCGGCCUCCUGGGGGAGUACGGAGGCGACAGCGACUACGAGGAGGACGAGGAGGAGGAGCAGCCCCCUCCGCCGCAGCCCCGCUCCGCGCAGCAGCCCCAGCAGCGGGACGAGUCGGCGGCCAAGAAGGAGAGCGAGGAAGACAAACUCACGGACUGGAACAAGCUGGCCUGUCUGCUCUGCAGAAGGCAGUUCCCCAACAAAGAAGUUCUGAUCAAACACCAGCAGCUCUCGGACCUGCACAAGCAAAACCUGGAGAUCCACCGGAAGAUAAAGCAGUCGGAGCAGGAGCUCGCCUACCUGGAGAGGAGAGAGCGGCAGGGGAAGUUUAAAGAAAGAGGGAACGACCGCAGAGAAAAGCUUCAGUCUUUUGACUCUCCAGAAAGAAAACGGAUGAAAUACUCCAGGGACGCUGACAGCGACCGCAGGCCUGCGGGCAGAGAGGGCCCGGACGACGGCGGCAAAGGCGGCUGUGCCCAGCAGGCCGCCGCUUGGAGGAAGGGGGCAGGCCUCGGGUCCGGCCACCCCGGGCUGGCUUCCGCCGAAGAGACCGAAGGCCGGCCGCGGGGGCCCAGCGCAGGGGCUCCCGGGAGACCCGGCAAGAGACAGUCCAACGAGACCUACCGGGACGCCGUGCGCCGGGUCAUGUUCGCGCGGUACAAGGAGCUCGACUGAAGAAGCGUGGGCACGCGCCCCCAGGACACAGCCCCCCCCCCCUUGUUUUGUUUGUCCGUCUCUCCUUUUGUUUUGUUACUGUUCUGGCUGCUAGGACUUUUUUAAAUAAACUUUUUUUCAAUGUGA